AACAUCACCUGCGUCUCCUCCGGGACAUAUCCCCUCAUUUCUCUUGCACGUCCGUCGACGACCCCCAUAGACUUUCACCACUUAGUCGCCGGUCGACCCCUCCUCACCGAUGAGCACCUCCAGGAUCGAAUCUGUGGACUACGCGCACGACAUUCGUCCUUACCUCCAACUACCACACCUUCUGUCUUUGACAUGGCUUGCUUACCCCAUCCUUUCUCUCAUCUUCGUCGUCUUCCGGUUGCAGCUGUCAUCGACCUCUGCGCAAGACGCCGUCGCUAAUGCGAAGAACGAUUUGCUCGCGAGCUGUAAGGCCGCAGAACACGCGGCUACCACAGCGGCGAGCAUGCCCCGAUAUCUUGCGAUUGCCACCAAUGCGCAGAUCACAGAUGCGGUGAACGGGACGAUGAACGCUGCUCGGGCUACGAUGGUCUUGGCGCUUACCAUUAUGGAGACGAUUAUCAACUUCGUCAUAGACAUUUACCGAUCCACAUUUCUCUGCUUCAUCGAGCUCAUCGUUCGCGCUGUGCUUUCUCUGCUGAUCAGUGCUGUGAAUGAGGCGAACUCGCUCAUCCAAGACGCAGCAGGUCCUGUUGCUGAUGCACUUGAUGCCGCAGCCAGUGCGGUAAACGACUUCAUUGACGCUGCCUCUAAAGUUAUCAAAACAGUCUCUUUCGGAAGUAUAUCCAUCCCAGGGCACAUCGACACGUCCGGCUUGAACAGUCUACGGAAUUUUACGCUGCCCUCGAGCUUGACGGAUGGUCUGGAGAGUUUAAACAACUCGCUUCCCUCCGUUUCUGAUCUGAAGGACAAAAUCGACUCUCUCGUGGACACGCCCUUCGAGCUGUUGAAGAAGGACAUCAACGAUACUUUCGGCGGCCUCUCCUUCGACGUCAGCGCACUUCCGCUCCCCACCCAGAACACGGUCACGUUCUGCGACCAGAUGGACACGUCAGUCGUAGACGACCUCGGACGCGACAUGGUGAAGGUGGUCAAGAUCGGCACCGUCAUCAUGAUCAUCCUCAUCGUCCUUCUCAUCGCUGCCAACUGUGCACUCGAGUGGUACAAGUGGCGCGCCCUGAAGACUCACUUCCAGCGCAUCCGCGACGGCCUCGUCGCCGACCCUGACGUGAAGACCCAGCGCGGACCCGAUGGACGCCUUAUGGUCGGCAUGUCUGAUCAUGACCUGAUGUCCGUCGAGGGGACGAUGAGCCACCCUCUUGUCAUGAAGGUUGUCAACAAGUUUGAGCUCGUGUUCAAGCUCAGGAAGUCGAAGAAGGACAAGCUCAUCUGGUUCUCCCACUACGUCUUCCACCCGCCUGCCAUGGCUUGCUUCCUCAUCGGUUUCUUCGGCCUUCUCUCUGUCGAACUCCAGCUUCUCGCCAUUGGCCCCAUCCAGGCGAAAUUUGAGCAGCAGACAGCCGCCUCCGUCUCGGACUUCUCGGGCGUCAUCGCCACGUCCAUCAACGCGAGCAUGUACAACCAGUCCGCGGCGUACGCGACGCAGAUCAACACCCGCGUCGACACCGUCCAGUCGACGAUCAACGACGGCCUCUUCGGCUGGGUCAACAGCACGACGACCACGCUCAACGACACCAUCAACACGUUCUACACCGACGUCCAGAACGUCGUCAACUCCGUCUUCAACAACACCCCGCUCAACGAGCCCCUCCAGGAGUUCCUGCGGUGCUUCCUCGGCUCCAAGGUCGACGCGAUCGAGGACGCGCUCACGUUCCUCCACGACAACCUCCACGUCGACGUCCCCCGCGUGAACGACACCGUCCUCGUGCUCUCCCCGGCGUCCGUCAACGAGGCCGCGCAGCCGAUCGCGCAGGCCGCCGUGGGCACGGGCAACGGCGACGACACGGGCCUCGUCGGCCGCGUCGUCGAGGCGUACGUCAAGUCGCUUAAGCAGGAGCGCAUCAUGUUCGCCAUCUUCGCGGGCCUCUGGCUCUUCGUCGUCUUCAUGGCGCUCUGCAUCCUCUUCUGGGCGUCCUACGGCCGUCCGAUGCUCAUGCGUGCGAGGCGUCGCGGCGGUGGCCCGAACGACCGCGACCGCGUCGACGCCCUCUAUGGAGGGUACGGCUCAGGGAAGCAUGUGGAGGCGGGCGAGAAGCAGGACUUGUACGAGGUUCAGCUGGCGGACGCGGACGCGCGCGACGGGAAGGCGACGGCCUCGCGCGGCCUGUUCUGGAGCUCGAUGAAGGGCCCCUGGCGCAGGGACGCGCGCUCGCCGCCGCAAGUGGACGGCGACCUCUCUCAGCCGCGUCCGCUGAUGAUGCAGAACCCGGUGUACCAGAAGAGCUGGGACAACAUCCUGGACAACGCUGACCCCUCGGCGUACGAGCCUGAGGGCGAGCCGUCCUCCAAGGUCGGCAAGUCUCGCAAGCUGAUGGCCCUGGGGCGCAAGGGGAUGGGUAGGGAGCCUGCUCUCAAGGCGGACGACGACGGGACAUUGGCGGCGUUCGAGACGCAAAACGAAGCCGCGCAGCCUGCCAAGGGCAACUGGCGCAAGCUGUUCGGGGCAUCCAAGAAGGCAGACGCGGCUGCUCCAGUCGUCGAAGAUCUGCCCUACGUCGACGAGCGGGAAGUGACGUCUAGCGCAGCGCAGCAGCCUGGAGGUGCUGAAUACAGAAGUCGUUUUCACGAACACGUAAGUUCGGAGUCGCUCCCUGGACAGUACCCACCGGACAGCCCUUAGCUAAGCUGUCAUGACCACCAACAGCCCGUAGCUCCUCCAUUCUCCAAGCAUGCCCAACUCCUCAAGUCUCUUUCUCGUUCCAAAGAGCAACGGUCUCAGCGCAGACAAGAUGACCCUUUCACUCAUCCCGAAACAUCGCACCCAACCCCCUCUUUCUCGGACCCCUUCAACUCACAACCUCAAUCUCCGUCCCACUUCCCGGAGGACCCAUUCGCGGAUCGACUUCCCGUUGGUCAAACCUCCGAGAAGCAAGCGUUGUCCCACCUCCGCCCUCAUCGCCGCUCGCGCUCACGUCCCAACCUGUCUAUCGCCACUGACAUCGCCACAGCCGUUUCAGACAAUCUGCCCACGAUCGUGCAGACGCCUGCCUCAGACGAGUCCCCAAUGAUGCCUCCGUCCAAGCCCUGGGCAGAGCCCAUAACGUCGCAGGGCGUGAAGCCGACGGCUCCUCAGCAGAAGGCCACCGGGAUUCCUCUUCCCCUCUACUACGGUUAUGAGCGACCGCCCCCGGGACUCGAGUUGCCGCCCACCGAGACAUCCUCGCAGUACCUGAAGCCCCCUGCCGUCCUCCCGCCGAAGCGUCAGCAGCAGCGGGUGGACCCUGAUACCUCCACGCCCGUGACACGACUCCUGACGACGACCCACGCGCGCAAGUCCUCCCAGGCGGUGGACCCGUUCGUGACGCCUUUUGACGACGAGUACCGUGUGCACGCUACGAAUGCGCCGGCCCCGGCUGCGUCGUGGCCGCGCGGCCUGCCAUACAACGUCCGUACAGCACAGAACCCGUUUGCCACCCCGAGGCGACCGGAUUCGGACCCGUUCGCGACGGCAAUUGCGGUCUAACGUCGUAACGUCUCUCCCCUGUCGUCUCAUGGGUACUUCUCCAUUUUCUCUCCUUCUAUCUUCCAGCUCUCGUUCCGUCCAUUGUUGAACACUCGCAUCGCCUUUGCGCUGUAUCUUCUAGCAGACCAUACUGUAUUCCCACCCACAUGACCGACCUAUCAUAAUAGCAAGGGUAGUCAGUAGUCCAUCCCAUUGCUGUCCGUAUAUACGUAAUUGUCUGUGGUCGCUCUUUUGUCUCUGUUACCCUCUGGAGGUCGUCCCGCUGUAUUUUUAUCACAUGUCCGUCGUUCUAGUUGUAGCAUUGGUUGCAUCCCGGGCUGUACAUAUAUACAUAGUGGAUGGUCCUUGAACGUUGAACGUCGAAAUUGCUUGUCAAAUGUCCG